UGUAGUGUAGCAGAAAGUAGCAUUUCUUUGGAUAUUUCUGUCACACUCUUGGCUCUGGGUACGUCAAAGUGAUCCUCCCUUUAAUAUCAAUCUGUGUUUAGAAAGUGGACCAGUCGAGAAGUUCGAUGAUAUGCAAAUUCUUAUCCCGCGGCAAUUGAAAUGGUGGCCAAGAAAUUGGAAAUUAAUAGUUCGAAAACCGUUGAUAACUCAAUGCUUAGAACUGACAAAGACUAGAAAAUCACAAAAUCGCCUAAUAGAAUAUCGACAGGGUCAUUAAAGUGUUGGUCAAAUGUGACUCAUAAAGCAAGUACACAAAGUAAAUGAUUAUCAACCAAAUUUGUAAAACCCUCGUACAUUUUACAGUUAGUUUCAUCAUUUGGUAUGAUUUUGCUCUUCAGCUGGUGUGUCAUGAACAUGCUGAGUCUACCUUUACCUGAGCCGAGUUUUGUCUGUGUUGAUGAUGUCUCACGGAUAUGUACGUGACUUGUGUUGGAGCUUAAUAUCGAGUGAGUAUGUCAAGUACUUCAGUUGUGUGGACAUUUGUGAUAGUGUGUUGUGUUGUCGCCAAGGUCAAGUCGUUUGAUCUAACGUUCGUUCAAAGACCAUGGGUGCUAACUGCGAACAAGUGUGCCAAAGAUUCAACUAUAUUGAAUCUGAUCCAUUCACAUGCAAAGAGGAGGGAGUUUCGUGAUGCCAUCCGAGAGACUUGGGCUAAUCAGCCAAACUUUUUAACUGUUUUCGUUUUGGCCAGAAGUGGCAGUGACGAGCUGGAGGAAUCGACAAAAGCUGAAAGCGAACAAUUUGGUGACAUCUUAAAAUUAGAUUUUUUAGAUUCCUACAAGAACCUCACGUUCAAACACGCCUCAGCCUAUCGAUGGGCCAUCGAAAACUGUCCCGACGUCCAGUACAUCUUAAAAGCUGACGAUGAUACUUUUGUCGACACCUUACAUUUGCCAAGAUAUAUUCAAGCGUUUGAUAUGCUUCCAAGCACUUCGUUCAUUCUAUGCUAUGUUCAAACCACGGAGAACCCCAUCAGGAAUCCUAAAGGCAAAAACUCAAAGUGGUUCCUAGACUUAAAUGAGUAUCCGAGGGAUGAUUUCCCCAAUUUUUGUGCCGGAGCCGCUUACCUCACAACUCUUGGUGCGAUCAAGUUGAUCUAUGAGCAGUUGUCCGACACUCCAUUUCUUUUCAUAGAUGAUGUCCUCCUGACCGGCUUGGUUGUUGAAAACUUGCCAAGCAUUAUACAUUUGGAUUGGAAAGAGGCCUUCUUAUCGAGGCAUGAGAGCGAUCGUAAAGACCUUUUGGAUCCAAAAGUUGGGUUUUAUUCGCCCCUAUUUAUGGUCGCCAUGGACUUAAAACCGGUUGAAAUGAGAAUCAUUAUGCAGAAAGCCCAGCUAUGUGCUAGUAGGCAAGCAGAGUGCUACGAUUUAAUUCAUAAAAGCUCCGAGCUUCAGCAAUUCAGACCACCAAUCAUUCCAAGAAAAAAUUCAUGGAGACACAUUGAGUUGUGACAAAAGACUCACAAGGAUAAAUGAAGCAUUCCUAAUAUUUGCCAAAACAAAUUGCCUGGAACUUGACCUGCGAUUGCCAAUUAUCACGACCGCAGAUAUCCUCAGAAACCCCUCGUCCUCGAUAAGCACUUAAAAACCUAGGACUUUCAACGCAACUCUUAUUCUGUACACACUGGUCAGGAAGGAAGAGGAGCGACAGGUAUAAGCUCAAAUUGCCUCUUUAUUGACAAAUCAAAAUAUUGUAAAACUGCGGAUUAGUGACGAAAAAUACAGCACCUGUGUGUGAUGGAGAGUUAAGUAUUAAAAGUCGGGCAUUAGUUCGUAAAUUUGACCUCAUUUCAUUGACACUUUUCUACAUCAAUGCUAUCUGAUUGUCAUAAUGAAAUAUAUCAACAGAAAGAGACGGAACCGAUCUGACCUUGAAUUGGCAGUGUUUGCGUUGAUAUUACUGUCUCUCACAAGUUAAGGUGUUCACAA